AUGAAUAAGUCAUCAACUUUUUUUGAUUUUUUUAAAAUAGAGCUUUCUCUUAAUGCAAGUAUUACGUUUGUACUUAUAAACGUCUUGUUGGUCUUCCUUUCCACCUACUUCAUUAGGAAUGUAAGAAGAGUAGGAAAGGAAAACUCCUUUCCAAACAGUGGAAAAGAGAAUGAAAGAGAAGAGCAUUUUAACAUUGAACAAAUAUCUUUAAAUAGCAAGGAAUAUUUAGAAAGUUUUAAUGAUUCGGAAGAUGAGAUUUACAGUAGGAGUGAAAUAAAUAAUUCUGACCAAGUCAGCAAAAAAGAAAAAAAAAAAAUAUAUACUUACUUAAAAUUAAAUGAAGGGUUGGAAUAUAUUAAAGGGGAAUUACUAAUAAUAGACAGAGAAUUACAUAAAAUUUUAAACAAAGAAGAGAGUAGUAAAAUUGAGGACGAUAUAAAUGUGCUUAGUGCAAAGUCUACCAGUUGUAAAUGCGAUAAAGGAGAAAACAAGCCUAAUGAUAAAGUUUUAAGAAAGUCAGCAAAUAUUAGUAAUGAAAUAUGUACUACUGAGGAAGAUUUGUUAACAAGCGGAAUUAAAAGUUCAGCAUAUGUACUUAAGAAUGAAAUGGUAAAAAAAAAAAAUUCUACGAAUUACUUCUCUAAUGAUAAGAUGAUAUCAAGCAGUCCAACGGACAGUCCUAAAUGCAAAGAGCUUACCAGUCUAGGUGAUGUUUCGAACUUUAAUAACGAAACGAGGGAAAUAUUUGAAAAUAAGAAGAAGAAGAAGAAGAAGAAGAAGAAAAAGAAGAAAAUGAAGAUGGAGAAAAUGAAGAUGGAGAAAAUGAAGAUGGAGAAAAUGAAGAUGGAGAAAAUGAAGAUGGAGAUGGUAACACAUACAAAAACAAUUUCAGAGAUGAAGAAGCAUAGCAAAAUAAAGAAAACAAUAAUAAACGAAUCAGAUGAUAGUAGAGAAAUAGUUCUUAAGGUUAGCGUUAAUAUGUACGAUAGUUUAACCCUUAGUUGUCACAGCGAAAGGAAUGAAGAAAACAAUAUAUACUCUGCAGAUUUUACUGAACGAGAAGAAAAUGCAAGCAAUAAUAAAUAUAAUAUGAAUACUGCUUGCCUCGAAGAUAAGGAAGUAAAAACAAAUACAAGCUAUUUUAAUUGCUCCUGGAUGAAUGAUCGACUAAAGGAUGUAAUGGAAGGCACCGUAACACCAGUGAACCGUUCAGAAGAAAAUUGUGCAGAAAAUGGAAAUGCAUCAAUGGAGAAUGACCAUAAUGUUAACAAAGAUAGUAGCAAUAAAAGCGGAAAAAACUAUAUCAGCAGUAGAAGCGGCAAUAACGAUAGCAUCAGUAUAAGCGGCAAUAACGGUAGCAGCAGUAGAAGCGGCAAUAAUGAUAGCAGCAGUAGAAGCGGCAAUAAUGAUAGCAGCAGUAGAAGCGGCAAUAACGAUAGAAGCAGUAGAAGCGGCAAUAACGAUAGCAGCAGUAAAAGCAGCGGCAAAAAUGGUAGCAGUGGUAACGGUAGAAGCACUAAUUUCUCUAUUGUGAGCCUAGUGCAAAACCUGUUUUAUGGUUACAGAAAGAGCGUUCAGAAAAAUGAAGGGCAAAUAGACAAAUUAGAGAAAAACAUUGCAGUUAAUAAUUUGAAUAAUGCCCACAAGGAUUAUAUAGAUGAAAUAAUAAAUGAUAUAAAAAAAUACGAAGAAAAGGAUUCUUAUUCUUUAUCAAAAGAGAAGAAUAUCUCAGAUGAUAGGGAAAAUGAAAACUCUAAAAAUUAUUAUUCUGAUAAAUUUUAUGAUGAAGAAAAAACAAAUAUAAACUCGUUUUCACUUAAAAGAAAGGAAAAAACAAGUGAUCAUAUUCAGGAUACGACUAGCCAAAAGAGAAAUUCUAUUGACAAAUCUGUUCAUGUAAAUGAGAUGAGAAACAGUAAGGAAGAAGCAGUUGUCAGUGCCUCUUUCGAAGGGGGUGAAGUUGCAGCAGGUAAAAGUGCUAGAUAUGAAAGUACUCAAUGUGCAAGUGUAAGAGGUGAAAAUGCAAGAGAUGAAGGUGCAACAAACGAAAAUGCUAGACGUAAAAGUACAAGAGAUGAAAGUAUUGGAAGGGAAGAUUCUCGAUCUCAAAGUACUGGAUGUGUAAGUGAAACAGGCGAAGGUUUUCGACUUGACAGUACAAGAGAUGAAAGGACCCGAAGCGUAAAUGCGAGAGAUGAAGUUGCUCUAUGUGAAAGUGCAGGAGAUGAAAUUGCUAGACGUGUAAGUGCAAAAGAUGAAAGUGAAGAAAGUGAAAGUGCAAGAUAUGAAAGUGCAAGCCGUAAAAAUGCAAGGGACGAAAGUUCAAGAGAUGAAAGUACAAGAAGUGAUAGUUCAAGACGUAAAAGUGAAGGAGGUGAAGGUGCUCGACGUGUAAGUGCAAUAGAUAAAGAUACUAGACGUGUAAGUGCAAUAGAUGAAGAUACUCGACGUGAAAGUACAAUAGAUGAAGAUACUCGACGUGUAAAUGCAAUAGAUGAAGGUAGUCGACGUGUGAGUGCAAUAGAUGAAGGUAGUCGACGUGUAAGUGCAAUAAAUGAAGGUAGUCGACGUGUAAGUGCAAUAGAUGAAGGUAGUCGACGUGUGAGUGCAAUAGAUGAAGGUAGUCGACGUGUGAGUGCAAUAGAUAAAGAUACUAGACGUGUAAGUGCAAUAGAUGAAGAUACUCGACGUGAAAGUACAAUAGAUGAAGAUACUCGACGUGUAAAUGCAAUAGAUGAAGGUAGUCGACGUGUGAGUGCAAUAGAUGAAGGUAGUCGAAGGGUGAGUGCAAUAAAUGAAAAUAAUAAACGUGUGAGUGCAAUAGAUGAAAAUAAUAAACGUGUGAGUGCAAUAGAUGAAGAUACUAGACGUGUGAGUGCAAUAGAUGAAGGUAGUCGACGUGUAAAUGCAACAGAUGAAGAUACUAGACGUGUGAGUGUAAUAGAUGAAAAUAAUAGACGGGUGAGUGUAAUAGAUGAAAAUAAUAGACGGGUGAGUGCAAUAGAUGAAGAUACUCAACGUGUGAGUGCAAUAGAUGAAAAUAAUAGACGUGUAAAUGCAAUAGAUGAAGAUACUAGACGUGUAAGUGCAAUAGAUGAAGAUACUCGGCGUGUAAGUGCAAUAGAUGAAGGUAGUCGAAGGGUGAGUGCAAUAAAUGAAAAUAAUAAACGUGUGAGUGCAAUAGAUGAAAAUAAUAAACGUGUGAGUGCAAUAGAUGAAAAUAAUAAACGUGUGAGUGCAAUAGAUGAAAAUAAUAAACGUGUGAGUGCAAUAGAUGAAAAUAAUAGACGUAUAAGUACAAUAGAUGAAGGUACUCGACGUGUGAGUGCAAUAGAUGAAGAUACUAGACGUGUGAGUGUAAUAGAUGAAAAUAAUAGACGGGUGAGUGCAAUAGAUGAAGAUACUCAACGUGUGAGUGCAAUAGAUGAAAAUAAUAGACGUGUAAAUGCAAUAGAUGAAAAUAAUAGACGUAUAAGUACAAUAGAUGAAGGUAGUCGACGUGUAAAUGCAACAGAUGAAGAUACUAGACGUGUGAGUGUAAUAGAUGAAAAUAAUAGACGGGUGAGUGCAAUAGAUGAAAAUACUCGGCGUGUAAGUGCAAUAGAUGAAGGUAGUCGAAGGGUGAGUGCAAUAAAUGAAAAUAAUAGACGUAUAAGUACAAUAGAUGAAGGUACUCGACGUGUGAGUGCAAUAGAUGAAGAUACUAGACGUGUGAGUGCAAUAGAUGAAGGUAGUCGAAGGGUGAGUGCAAUAGAUGAAGAUACUCGGAGUGUAAGUGCAAUAAAUGAAGGUAGUCGACGUGUGAGUGCAAUAAAUGAAGGUAUUCGACGUGUGAGUGCAAUAGAUGAAGAUACUCGGCGUGUAAGUGCAAUAGAUGAAGGUAGUCGAAGGGUGAGUGCAAUAGAUAAAGAUACUAGACGUGUAAGUGCAAUAGAUGAAGAUACUCGGCGUGUAAGUGCAAUAGAUGAAGGUAGUCGAAGGGUGAGUGCAAUAGAUGAAGGUAGUCGACGUGUAAGUGCAAUAGAUGAAGGUAGUCGACGUGUAAGUGCAAUAAAUGAAGGUAGUCGACGUGUAAGUGCAAUAGAUGAAGGUAGUCGAAGGGUGAGUGUAGUAGAUAAAGAUACUAGACGUGUAAGUGCAAUAGAUGAAGAUACUCGACGUGUAAAUGCAAUAGAUGAAGGUAGUCGACGUGUGAGUGCAAUAGAUGAAGGUAGUCGACGUGUAAGUGCAAUAGAUGAAAAUAAUAAACGUGUGAGUGCAAUAGAUGAAAAUAAUAGACGUGUAAAUGCAAUAGAUGAAAAUAAUAGACGUAUAAGUACAAUAGAUGAAGGUAGUCGACGUGUAAAUGCAACAGAUGAAGAUACUAGACGUGUGAGUGUAAUAGAUGAAAAUAAUAGACGGGUGAGUGCAAUAGAUGAAGAUACUCGAAGUGUAAGUGCAAUAAAUCAAGGUAGUCGACGUGUGAGUGCAAUAAAUCAAGGUAGUCGACGUGUGAGUGCAAUAGAUGAAGAUACUAGACGUGUAAGUGCAAUAGAUGAAGGUAGUCGAAGGGUGAGUGCAAUAGAUAAAGAUACUAGACGUGUAAGUGCAAUAGAUGAAAAUAAUAGACGUGUAAAUGCAAUAGAUGAAAAUAAUAGACGUAUAAGUACAAUAGAUGAAGAUACUCGACGUGUGAGUGCAAUAGAUGAAGAUACUAGACGUGUGAGUGCAAUAGAUGAAGAUACUCGGCGUGUAAGUGCAAUAGAUGAAGGUAGUCGAAGGGUGAGUGCAAUAAAUGAAAAUAAUAAACGUGUGAGUGCAAUAGAUGAAAAUAAUAAACGUGUGAGUGCAAUAGAUGAAAAUAAUAAACGUGUGAGUGCAAUAGAUGCAAAUAAUAAACGUGUGAGUGCAAUAGAUGAAGGUAGUCGAAGGGUGAGUGCAAUAGAUGAAGAUACUCAACGUGUGAGUGCAAUAGAUGAAAGCGUUAGACGUGAAAGUACAAGCGAUGAAAGAUCAAGAGAUGAAAGUACUAGACCUGAAAGUAUAGGAGGUGAAGGUUCUAGACCCGAGAGUGCAAGAAGUGAAGGUGCUCGACGUGAAAAUGAAAGAGAGGAAAGCGCUAUACGUGUAAAUGCAAGAGAUGAAAGUACCAGAAGAAAAAUUACAAGAGAUAAAGGUUUUACAUGUGAAAGUCAAAGAGGAGAAGGUACAAGAAGUGAAAGCGUGGGAGAUGAAGGUUCUCGAUCUGAAAGUGCUGGACGUGAAAGUACUAGAGGUGAAAGUAUAAGAGGUGAAAGUGUAAGAGGUGAAAGUGUAAGAGACGAAAGUGUAAGAGACGAAAGUGUAAGAGUCGAAAGUGUAAGAGUCGAAAGUGUAAGGGGUGAAAGUACCCUGCGUAUAAGUCUAAGAGAUGAAAGUGCAAGACGUGGAAGCGCAAAUAAAGAAAAUACAGUUUCAAAAGGGGAAAAACAUAUCUAUGUGUGUGAUUCAAACAAAAGGAAGAGUAAGAAUGACGCUCAUGAUAGUAUGUAUAAGGGAGAAACGAGAAGUAAUAACUCAAAUUAUGAUACAAACGAAAUGGAAAAAAAAGGCAAAGUUCUUGAUACGAGACAAGCGCUUGAACCAAACAGAAUGCACGAAAGUCAUAAAAUAGUAGUACUAAAUGAACGAGUAAACCAAGUAAGAAACAGAAAAGAGAGUGCACAAAAUUAUGCUGAUGAGAUAAGUAUUGAGAUGGUUGAUGUUCAUACGGAAGAUGGAAUAAGAGCUAUAAGGACAGGUAGUAACAAAAAGUGCUAUGAAAUAAAUGAACAAAAAAGAAAUAAUAAAAGAACAGAAGACAUAACACAUAUCAAGAGAGACUACGUCAAAGAGGUAGAUACAUACAGUAAGCAAAGUAGUAGCAAUCAUAUUAUAGAUGCAGAUAAGAGGAAGAGUAAAGGUAACAAAAUAAACAACGUUAAUAGAAAAGAAAUUGAAAGUAACAAAACUAAGGACGUAUAUGAAAUAGAUACAUUGAGAAGAGGCGAAAGAGACUAUGAGAAAGAGAAAGAUACAUACAGUAAGCAGAAGAGUAGUGAUCAUAUUACUGAUACUUAUGAAAGGAAGAGUAAAAAUAACAAUAAAUACGACACAUAUAGAAAAAUAAUUGAAAAUAAAGAAAUCGAUGUUAUAAAUAGUAUAAAUGGUGUAAAUGAUGUAAAUGAUGUAGUCGAACCAAAUGAAAGCACAAAAGACAACAUGAAAAGGGAAGGAACGAAUAAUCAACUGGAUAAACAUGAUCAUACUAUUGAUGCAGAUAAGAGGAGGAGUAAAAAUGGCAACACGUAUGAAGUUCCUAGCAAGUAUAUUAAAUAUGAAAACGAUAUUGAUAUGAACGAUGUAGACAAAUCAAGCAAAAGCAAACCAGACUACGAAGAAGCGGAAGACAAUAAUAGUCAAGGGCGUAGAUGCAGUCUCAUCGUUGAUGUAAACAAAAGAGAAGGUGAAGAGGUUGAGACAUACACUGAAAAUACUAGCAGUAGUACUUAUAUUAUAAGUGAAAAUAAUGAGGGACAGAAUGAAGAGGAUAAAUAUAAUAAAAUAGAUAAAGCAAAAGAAGAUAAAAAAAAAGAAAUGGAUGAAUUUACUUUAAGAACACAUGACUAUGUAACUGCUAAUGAUAUACCUUAUAUUAAUAAUUCAAAAUAUGUAAUUAGUACAAAUACCUCUAACGACAGCAUAAAGGAUAACUCAAGGAAUGAUUCAAAGAAAAAGAGCUCGGGUAGUAAUAAAAACCUUAAACACAUUAAAAAAUUAAGGGAAUUCUUUAUAAGUAUAGAUGAAAAGUCAGAUGUAUUAAGAAAUACCAUACAUGAUAGUGAGGAUAGUACAAAAAAGAGUAGUGCACACAAGGAAGUUAGGGAAGAGGCAAAUGGAGUGGUAGGUGACGAGACAAGUGGAGUGGUAGGUGAAGAGACAAGUGGAGUGGUAGGUGAAGAGGCAAGUGGAGUGGUAGGUGAAGAGACAAGUGGAGUGGUAGGUGAAGAGACUGAAGAGGCAAGUGGAGUGGUAGGUGAAGAGACAAGUGGAGUGGUAGGUGAAGAGACAAGUGGAGUGGUAGGUGAAGAGACAAGUGGAGUGGUAGGUGAAGAGGCAAGUGAAGUGAUAGGUGAAGAGGCAAGUAGAGUGGUAAACGAAGCAGUAAACGAAACGUCAAACCAAAUGACUGUUGGAAUAUCAAACGAAGAUGCAAGGGAACAAUUUAAAAAUUAUGAGUUUAAAAACCUAAAGGGGCGAUACAAAUUUGAGACGAGUAUGAAUGAGUGCGAAGUAAAGAAACUGCAACAAAAUGUAAAAGAGGAGCUUAAAGAUCUAUUUGAAAAAAAUAUAAAAAAAAAUAGUUUAAAAGAGAAAUUUGAAAAUUAUGUAAAUGUACAAGUAGCCAAUGGGGAUAGUGAAAAUCCAUUUGACAAAGCCAGAUACCGGCGUGAUAACAUAAAAGAUUCAUUAAUGAGAAAUUUAGAAAUGAGGAGUAACGAAGGAAGGGCAGGGCAUCAAACAAAUGAAUCAGAAGAGGGAGAAAAUGAAGAUAUAAUGAUGAAGGAACAAAUGUUUGAAUAUACAAGGCACAGAACUAACGCGGACGUAUUGAGUUAUUCGACUGAAAUGAGUAACAGAGAAAUAAGGAAGCUCAAGAAGUGGAAAUCCCACAUGAUAUCGAAGAAACAAGAGGACGACUGGCUUUCGUCAGACGUUCUUAUGUCUUGUUUUUUGAAUUUUAUAAAAUUAAAAAAGUAUGUAAAUAUAACAGAGUUAUCAGUUAAGUUCCAAACAACAACGGAGGAUAUACAAAAAAAGCUGGAAGAGCUCGAAGAACAAGAUAUGAUUAACGGCGUAUUAGACGAAAAUGGGAAUUAUAUAUAUUUGUCACAAGAGGAGAUUAAUAAGCUAUGUUUCGAAAUACAGUCGAACGGGAAAGUAAAUACGCGUGAAGAUUUUGUGAAAAUUUGUAAUAAAGUUAUAUCAUUAAGUGUUAAUGAUAAGGACGUGGAAAAGUUGAAAGAAGAAGAGGAAAAAAUAAUUAAAGCCAAAACGGAAAUAUUCUAA